CUGCAGUCUUCCUACGGCCAUUGUCCAAGCAUACGCGGCUUCCACCGCUUGCAGUGUCCCAGCGCCUUUGCUGUCCCCGGAUGUACUCAGUUGGUCCACCCAGAAACUCGUAUAUACCCACCAAGACUCCAAUACAAGCAUUCUGGUACAACCGUGUUCCGUCCAGUGUUAAGUACUUUGGGCUUAUUGGACUCUCUGCAUUCACAUUCACGCAUGUUCAUCCCAACGUACUAGUGACAGUGGGGCCUCCCGUCUUGGUAGCUGGAUACUACGGAUACAAACAGUUGAUGAAGAGAAUCUACCAACGCGAAACUAAAAAGUUGACAGAGGUCAAGCCUGGCAAUGACAUCGUGCAGAUAAGGAAGUACGACGAAAGCGAGAUGUACAAUGUGUUGAACGGCCUCGAAAACCAGUUCCAGCACUUCACCCACCAAAUACUUGAAGUGGCUGAAAAGAGAAUCGUGGAUUAUGUGAUCGAAGUCGAGACAAGGGGCCUGCUGGAAAACAGGACGGUAACGAGCAUAUCGCAGAUGUUUAUGGACGAGAAUCACCAGAUUUCAGUCCAUUUGGGGAAAGACUUGGAGACUUUUGUGAUGCUGAAAGUGGGUGAAGAUGACUUCAUUAAACUCAGCUUGCCCUUUUAUGAUAGCAACGACAGGAAGCGGAGGCUAGGAACAGUUCAGAUUUAUUUGCUCCAACAGGAGUCCAAAAACGAGGCUGAAAGUUUCAUUCAAUACCGUAUGGGAAUUGAAAUUUCUCAGUAUAUGAAGCCGGGCUCCAUUUUUUUCACCUCUGUUGGAGAAGGAGUUUACAAGAGUAAGGUUUUGCUAGACAACGAAAGCGACAAAGAACGAGACGACAUUGAAGAAACUAUAGAAGCAAAUUGAUGCUCAGGCUUUCAGUGGCCAUUAUGUACAUAGUUAUUAGUAGUAUCUAUUAGAUUUAAAUAAUUGUAAU